GUUUCAAUAUGUACAACUUCGGUUGCCUUCUAAGUUUCAUGUUUGUUCAGCUUAUUUUGUGGGUCCUCCAAAACUCAUCAGCUUAUUUUUUGGCUCCUCCAAAACUCAGGGGUUCAAUGCAACAUUAACUGAACCAGUAGAUACACCUGGGAGAAGAGGUGAUCAAAUUAAAGAGAUGGACCUCAAAUUGCAUCCGGAGUUAAAAGGACCCUUAACAGCACUCUGCAGUGAUCCAAAGACAACCAUAGUUGUCCUCAGUGGCAGCCACAGACAUGUCUUAGAUGAUAAUUUUCGGGAGUAUGACAUGUGGCUGGCAGCUGAAAAUGGGAUGUUUUUACGACUUACAAAGGGAGACUGGAUGACAACAAUGCCGGAGCACUUGAACAUGGAGUGGGUUGACAGUGUAAAGCAUGUUUUUGAGUACUUCAAAGAGAGGACACCUCGAUCCCACUUUGAUGUACGCGAAACAUCACUUGUAUGGAACUACAAAUAUGCAGAUGUUGAAUUUGGACGGCUUCAAGCACGAGAUAUGUUGCAGCAUCUCUGGACUGGACCAAUCUCUAAUGCAUCGGUUGAUGUUGUUCAAGGAAGCAGAUCUGUUGAGGUGCGAGCAGUGGGUGUUACAAAGGGUGCAGCAAUUGAUCGAAUAUUAGGAGAGAUAGUUCACAGCAAAUCAAUGACAACACCAAUUGAUUAUGUCCUCUGUAUUGGGCAUUUUCUGGGGAAGGAUGAAGAUGUGUACACUUUUUUCGAGCCAGAGCUCCCUAGCGAUACAGCAGGUGUUCCGAGAAUCAAGCCUAUUGAAGGAAAUAAGUUACCAACAGAGAGAAGAGCAUCUUUGAAGCUACCAGCAAGUAGAGGCGGAUCAAAGUCAUCAUCUCAAAGCAAGACACAGCGACCUGAGAAAAAACCUGCCCAUCACAACAAUUGUGGUAAUGCACGGAGACCAUCACCCGAAAAGAUUUCAUGGAACGUACUUGAUCUGAAGGGAGAGAAUUAUUUCUCAUGUGCUGUUGGACGGACCCGGACAAGUGCCCGUUAUCUACUUGGAUCAUCAGAUGAUGUUAUCUCAUUUCUGAAGAAACUGGCAGAUGCAUUCUUGUUGACAGAGCCCAAAGUUUAAGAUUGUUAGAGUUCUUGUUUUGUUUUAACUGACCUGAAGCCAUCUUAAACUAGAGCAAUGUUUGUAGGUAACUCUAGAAAGAAAACAGCUAUAGCUCCAUGGGUUGUAUUUUUAUUUAUUUAUUUUUCUCUAAAGUCUGUAUGGCUAGAGUUAUUUUGUUACUAAUUAAACCAAGAAUGAUGCUUCCGGUCUUUUCCUUUGGAGGCAGAUUAGUA